AUGAGUAUCAGCGUCAGGUCCACCCCGGCGCCAGCGUCGUCAUCGGCGGAUACGGGCGAAAUUAGCCUCACCGAGGCGCUCGGCGUCGCCAUCGAGGCAGCCGACAAGGGCAGCCGCAUCAUCUGGCAAAGCGUUGAGAAGCGACACGCAGCGGUGGCCGCUGCAGCCACCUUCCACACAACCAGCGCGCCUGCAGCCGGCGGCGCGGCCUCGGUGGAGUGCGAAAGCAAGGCUUCUGCGACGAACCUAGUGACGCAGCACAGCCAACAAUGUAGAGAGACUAUCAUUCGCAUUCUUCGCCAGUACACGGAGGAGGUGCAGCGCGAGAAGCCGCACCUUCGCUUCGCCUUCUUGACAGAGGAGCUCGACCCCGACACCCCCCUCUCCGACGACUACACAUGGGUCGUGGACCCCAUCGACGGCGCCACUUCGUUUUUGCACGGGUUGCCAGACUGCUGCAUCAGCAUUGGACUCACCUACCGCAAGCAGCCGGUGCUGGCCGUGGUUUUCACACCCUUCAUCAGCUCCGGUGUUCGACUCACCGUAGCGGCUGCGGCAGUGCUCAACGUCGCACAGAAGCAGCAGCAGUACCAGCACCAGCAGAUGGUGAUGUCUCCGACUUUAUCAGUUACUGCCCCUGCCAUCUCUGGGACCAUGUGUGGCUCCGUUGGGGCCGCCUCUCUCACCCCCAUGGACUUCAAGACCAAGAUGCUGGAUGAGCACGGGACUGCCGCUGCGCCGACAACCGCGCUGCCCCCAACGCCUCCAACACCGCCGUUCCCUUCGUUGAGGGCUGCUGCUGCAGCGGCGGCUUCUGCAUCGCCACACAACGUACCCAUCAUCACGCACACCACGCCGAGCGUCGUGCCGGAGUGCAACGGCGAGCUCUUCACGGCCAUCAAGGGCUUUGGUGCCUUUGUCAACGGGCGGCAGAUACGCGUAAACGCCAAGGUUGUGCCGACCACGUCGGUUGUGGUGUUCAACCAUCCUUGCGGUGUGAUGCUGUCGACGACCGAGGCGGCCAGCCCCGACGGCGCGGUCAUCCGUCAGCGCAAGUGCGACGCCGCGAUCGACUGCAGCAUGGCCAUACGCGAGGAGCUGCUUCGCCUGCCGGUGACGGCGCUGCGGUGCUAUGGUAGCUGCGCGGCGACCCUCGCGCAGGUGGCGGCGGGGCGCGUGGACGCGUACCUUGAGCCGGCCGGUAAGGCGUGGAACGUCUGUGCCGGAUCGCUGCUCGUCACCGAGGCCGGCGGUGUUGUGUGCAAUAUGCUCGGCAGGCCGCUGGACAUUGCACAUGACACGACUAUCGUGGCCGCGGCGACGCAAGAGAUGGCUGAUUUGAUGACGGAGAAGUGCGUGCGGCACGGCUUUGGCCAGUACUGGCUGGUCGAGGAAGAGUGA